AUGGGUCUCAAAGGGGCUUGGUGUUUCCGCUGGUGUGGGUGCCGGAGACAGCGAGGGACUGAAAGGGGAGCAGGCCUGGAUGUCAUGGCCCUUCCAGCGCCCAGCCCAGCUGCAGCCCCCGGUGUGCCGGCUGAGGGCGGGCGACUCUCCCCGGGGGCAGGGGCCUACUUCCGCCGGAAAGCCCGCCUCUCCUUCCGCCACCAGCUGCACGACAUGGCAUCUGCCAACGACUCCACCAUCUGA